AUGUUUGGUGUAGCGCUUCCUACACCCUUUUUAGAGUAUAUUAUUAUGAACACAACUCAACUCACUGGAUUGGAUACCUCGCAGCAGAAAGUGCUGGGAACUGCUGGACCGGAUGCUAGGCGCAUGCGGAAGGCAAUAUUUCGCCGAACAAUAGAUUACAAUGCCUCUAUAAUGAACUACUUGAGGGACAGAGUCUGGCAGUUUUCUUCUCGCUCUCGAGUGGCUCUGCAACCUGAUUAUUUAUACAAUUACCUUCUAGGUCCUCCAAGUGAGUAUCUUAACAGCCCUAUGAACUGCGUUACUGGCAAGCUUGUUCGAACAUCCACAAAUAAAAAUAAGUGCCCAAUAUAUUGUGUUUGCUGGACCCCAGAAGGACGGCGUCUGAUAACUGGUGCUUACACAGGUGAAUUCACUCUCUGGAAUGGACUCACAUUCAAUUUUGAAACCAUUCUGCAGGCUCACGAGGCGCAGAUACGAUGCAUGAAGUGGUCCCACAAUGACGACUGGCUACUCACUGCUGAUCACGCCGGUUACGUGAAGUAUUGGCAAGCUAACAUGAACAAUGUGCAGGUGUACCAGGCGCAUAAGAUGCCCAUUCGCGGUGUCAGUUUUUCACCUUGCGACACUAAAUUUGUGACCUGCAGUGACGAUGCCACAGUACGCAUUUGGGACUUUUUCCGGUGCCAUGAGGAGCGUGCUCUCCGAGGCCAUGGUUCGGACGUCCGCAGUAUCGCCUGGCACCCUUACAAAUCGCUGAUAAUCUCUGGUAGCAAGGAUGCCCAGCAGCCCAUCAAGUUGUGGGAACCAAAAACUGGGGAGUCGAUUGCCACACUGUAUGCACACAAGAACACCUGCACAGACGUGGCAUGGAACAUGAACGGCAAUUGGUUCCUUACAGCAUCGCGUGACCAUCUGAUCAAGCUCUUUGAUCUUCGCUAUAUGAGGACAGAAUUACAAACCUUCCGUGGGCACAAGAAAGAGGUGACGCGCGUCGCCUGGCACUCGUGUCACGAAAGUCUCUUCGCUAGCGGCAGUGGUGAUGGCGCUAUUCACUUCUGGUGCGCUGGAACCGAAACUGAACUCGGUGUGAUUGAUGAUGCUCACGACAAUAUGAUAUGGAGCCUGGCCUGGCAUCCGCUUGGACACAUUCUUGUAUCCGGUGGUAAUGACUUCACCACGAAAUUCUGGACACGAAACCGUCCGGGUGACAUCCUGAAGGAUGUUAAUGGGACUGGCAAUACUCUCUCAGGAAUCACAAAUGUUCUUCCCGCCAUUAGUUCAGAGGACCUAGUAACUGAUGUACUGGGAGAAUCCCUGAGUCGAUCAAUGCAUGAUACACCCAUGGAGUCCGAUGACCAAUCAAGUGCACUGGAGCCCCCCAGUGGAGAACCAUUGGUUGAAAUUCCAGGAUUGAACGAUGGCCUUCCCGGCCCACUUGCUCCAGAGGAUGAACAAGAAUCAGACGUGUUAAAAAACCGGCCACUCCCAAAUCGCCCUCCAGGAUCCAUAUCCAAAGAAUUUAUGGCCAACUGGUCCAGUUCCCGAAUCGUCCACAAGACCGGGGUCGUCCUUUCCGCUGUAGCGGCUGCUAAAGAAAGUAAUCGUGAAGCUUGUGGGACUGCAAAUAAAGGCCCGGUGGGUAGCGAGAUUUUGGUGGAGAAUCAAAAUAAGAUGGACAUGGCGCAUUCGCGGAGCGUCUCCACUCCUCUGGUUACUUCUGACAUGUGCAUGAAUCCAAAGGCCAAAGCCGCCGCUUCAGAGGCGGCCGAAUAUGACGCACGCUUUAAGGGGCGCAAGUUUGACUCAGCCGCGCGAGAGGAAGAGAUGCUCGCCUUUGCGAAUAGUUUGAUGCCACCAUCCCCACCUCAUCCUCCUCCACAGCCACCACCACCCCCGCCUCCUCAGCAGGAAUCACAUUCGCCCAUUAGACCACCGAAUCAGCCGUUAUCAUCGAGAUAUGGCCCACCGCCACCGCAACGAUUUAUGGGAGGGCCACCACCCCGAUAUCCCCCUAGCGGGUAUCUUCCACCGGGUCCAAGUGGACCUCCCUUCCGGCGCCCACCAAUGCCCUUCAGGCCCCCCUACGACCAUCAAUGGGGCGGACCAGGCCCCUAUAAUGGCCCCUCGCCGCCUCCCGGGUACGGUGGUCCACCCCCACCCAAGAGACAAGCGAUGCAGAGACCACCACCACAAAUGCGGCGUGGGUGGUGA